CAUGAAUUUCCUAAGCCCAAGUUUGCUUCCCCUAAACUCUGGAGAGGAACCAGGCACCGGUGCCACCUCCACCACGUUCACAAACUCACAGCCCUACAGAGUUCUUCAUGACCUUGUCACAUGUGACCUUCCCUUGUCCCCGGGGCAGGUGCGAGAGCGUGGAGCUGGACAAGAAAAUCCAGGAUCUGAUAGAGAGAAAUGCUUCUCUUGACCCAAAAGGGGUCCCCCCAGAGGCCACGCUGAGUCACAGGAAUGCAUGUCCUCCAAAGACUCCCAGGAAAACAGCUUCCGUGGCACAUUCUGCCCAGGGUACAGCUGGAAUGAGCACUGUGGACAGUUCCGCGGACCAAGCAGAGAGUGCUCAAUCAUCAAGAAGAAAGAAUUUGACAGAUCCUCUUGAACAAAAGAUAAGGUGCUUAGAGAAACAGAGGAAAGAGCUCCUGCAAGUCAAUCAGCAGUGGGACCAGCAGUUUAGAAACAUGAAGGAGUUGUAUGAAAGAAAGGUGGCGGAGCUGAGGACCCGGCUGCGCGCGGCCGAGGGCGCCCUGGGCGAGCUGGAGUGCCAGCGGCGGAGCCAGAGCGCGGGUGGCGCCCCCCGGGGCCCGCGCCGGGAAGAGGAAAGGGAAACUCUAAAUGAAGAAUUACAGGAACUGAAGAAAGAGAAUAAGCUUUUGAAGGAAAAAAAUGCUCUUGCGAUGAAGAAGAAAGAGCAUUAUGAAUGUGAAAUACAACGCCUUAACAAGGUACCGAGCAGGUCCCAAGGUGGAGGCCAGAGCUCCCUGGGGGGCGGGCACAGUCCUGCUACUGACACUGACAGUAUCCAGUACUGGUCGUAUCCAAGACAGCUGCCACAUGGCCUCCGCCUCGGUUGGGUACAGGGCACACCAAUUGCGGCCCUGUGGCUUUCCCCACCCCACCCUGAAGAGGGCUCAGGAGCAGAGGGCGGGCGGGCCCCACUGCAGAAGCCCAGGAGGCACCUGGGAGGAGAUGGCUUGAAUGUCCCAAGAGCACAGAAGAAAGACCGUCACAGCACCCACGUGUCUGUCUUUCAGGUACAAAUCUAUGAAGAAGACUUCAGAAGGGAGCGAUCCGAUCGGGAAAGGCUCAGUCGAGAGAAAGAAGAGCUGCAGCGCGCUCAUCAGGCUUCCCGCGCCCAGCUGGCCCGGCUGAGUUCCCAGAUCAAAGUUUGUCAGAUGGAGAAAGAAAAACUAGAAAAACAACUGAAACAGAUGCAGUUCCCGGCCUGCACCUGUGGCUUGGCUGUCCACCUGCGGGACCCGGGGGUGCCAGCAGGCCCAGGUGCCACGCAGGACCAGUGGGAGCACCCACCGGGCCCUCCAAGGUGCGCUCUGGACCUGCUUCCGCCAGACGGGCAGCACAAGGACAACGGUCUCUUCUCAGAAAAGAAGCCCCCCCAGUAGGAGCAGUCCCCUGCAGAACACUGGAGCAGGGGGACCCGGCCAGGGCGCUGGUGUGUCUUCUCCACUCCUGCACCCCAUCAGCUCCACUGCUCAGCUGGGCCCUGAUCCCACGGGCUCAGACAGAGGAAAAGUUUCUGGCCACCGAGAUCCUGAUGUGCCGGAGGGGCCAGUUUCUCAACAGCCCUAUCCAGUUCCUCCACGGGACAGCUGGAGCCGCUGAGUGCUGCUCCUGGAAGUGUCCGUCUGCCCAAGGCUGGGGCUGACAAAGACGACCGGUGUGUGGAUACCUGCGCUCCAGGGAGGGGCUGGUGGCUGUGCCUUGACACUGUCCGUGUUUACCCAGGACCUUAGUUCUUCAGCCACGUGGUCAGAUACUGUGCUCUCCAGGGCUGGCCUGAGAGACCUGGCAAUUGGGUGGAGGAGGUGCACAUACUUCUUUCAGUUGGGCCAGCGUUUCAGGCUGAAUAAAAUGGCAAUCUUAAAACUA